UACUCGUCUCUUCUGGAAGAAGAAGCCUAACUAAAACCCUUGAAAUAUUUCUGAAGAACCUCGUAACAUCUCGAUUUCAACCAGCGCAAUGUCCUGCUUCAUUUCAUCCUCAUGGGUCUCUCCAUGUUCUUCGAUUUCGACCCCUGAUUCGAUCUCUUUCUCGUUCUCGCUGAAUCCAUUCCAGUAUCCAACACAUCAAUCACCAAACCCAGAUCGAAAAUUUUCGAAAUCCUCGCUGCCUUCGGUUGUAAUCCAAUCUGGGCUUCGCGAGUUACGUAAUCGGAUCAACACCGUGAAAAACACCCAGAAAAUCACUGAGGCAAUGAAGCUCGUAGCGGCGGCGAAGGUCCGGCGAGCUCAAGAAGCGGUCAUCAAUAGCAGACCCUUUACCGAAACUGUCGUCGGUUUUCUAUAUUCAAUCAAUCGAUGCGCUCAGCUUGAAGGUGUUGACUUCCCUUUGACCAUUGUUAGACCAGUCACUAGAGUUGCUUUGGUUGUUGUAACUGGUGAUAAGGGCCUCUGUGGUGGUUUCAACAAUGCAGUGAUCAAGAAAGCCAAUGCACGAGCUAAGGAACUGAAAGAACGAGGUAUAGAAUGUACUGUCAUAAGCGUGGGAAAGAAAGGAAAUGCCCAUUUUCGUCAUAGAGAUGAUAUUGCAGUGGAUAGGUUCGUUGAAGGUGGGGUUUUCCCCACGGCAAAAGAAGCUCAGGCCAUUGCAGAUGAUGUCUUUUCGCUGUUUGUGAGUGAAGAAGUGGAUAAAGUUGAACUUGUGUACACAAAGUUUGUGUCUUUGGUGAAAUCAGAUCCCGUGAUCCAAACUCUGCUGCCUCUGUCAAUGAAAGGAGAGGCCCGUGAUGAGAAAGGAGAGUGCGUCGACAGUAUAGAGGACGAGAUGUUUAGGCUGACAAGCAAGGACGGGAAGCUGGCAAUGGAGAGGACGAAAACACAAGCAGGGGAACCGGAGAUUUCGCCUCUUCUGCAGUUCGAGCAAGACCCAGUUCAGAUCCUUGAUGCCAUGAUGCCUUUGUAUCUGAACAGUCAGAUUCUGAGGGCACUUCAGGAAUCUUUUGCGAGUGAGCUCGCGUCAAGGAUGAGCGCGAUGAGCAACGCAACCGACAAUGCAGUCGAAUUGAAGAAGAAUCUGACAAUGGCUUAUAACCGGGAGAGACAGGCUAAAAUUACUGGGGAGUUGCUGGAGAUUGUGGCUGGAGCCGAGGCUCUUCAGGCAGAAGCCUGAGUAGAAAGCCGAAGUUGUAAACUUUCGAGUGAAGUCCACCUCAAAAUGCUGUCUUUCACCACAUGGGUUUGCAUUGCUAACUACAUACAAUGGAAAACAUCAAAGAUUCUUCCAUUUCAGGUCCCUUUCUUGAUUUUGAUCUUCCAUAUGUAAAAAUGGUACGAUUUUGAUCGAACGUGUUGCUUGUGCCCUUCAAACUAUGCGUCCUCUGUUGCAGUUUUGUCCUGUGGCCAACUUGUCCGGUUCCUGUUGUUCAGAGAAUUCUUAACUGAUGAGGAAGUAGUGAAAGGCCUAAUCCACCACGUCUUCAUCCGGAGACUUGGAUCAGUCAAAUAUGGAUUCUGCAUUCCCAAAAGAUCUUCAAAGAAUCUCCUAAAUCCACUUAGAUCAGAUAAGACAAAAGGUCAUGGUAGAUGUGGUAAAGCUACACACAGAUUGAGCAGAACAUUCAACGGGAAACGGGCAAAGAGAAGGACGAAACACAAAUACGAACGCUCCGAAAAUGGGAACAAUUUGGAGAUAGGCGUGGGAGCAUCAUCGUCGUCAUCAUUGUGGUUUGGCUCAGAAGAUCUUGAAGAGGAGACCGCCAUGGGUGGCGAAGAAGGGAGCAAAGAUCAUGAAGUAAUAGAACUGUUUACCUUUUUAUGUGGCUAACACGACCUUACUACAUCUUUGGUUUAUGGAUUCGUUUCAGUUUGAUGUUAAUAUCUUAUAUAGAUCAAAUCAUAGCUAAUUAAA